AUGCUGAAGACUGAAACGGAGGCGGGCCACCAUGGCGCGAGCCUGCACGGCCACAACGCCGCGCGGCGGCAGGCCAUCACCGAGCUGCUAUUCUUUGCGAGUGUGGGGGACCUCUUCCGCUGCAAGAAGAUAUGCAACACCUGGAGGAUCGAC